AUGCAGGAAGGUGAGGUUACGGAGGUCCGCUCCGCCCGCUCUGGAUAUAGAGGGGUCCCGGCGUACAGUAAUGUAGGUCCAUACUGGACUCGCAGACGGCCGGGUGAGGGGCCUGCCAGUACUCGUGGACUGGGAGGGUACGGGCCGGAGGAGAGGUUGCUGGGUCCGCGUGGGGAUAUAUUUGGAUCCAGAUCCCUUACUAAGGGAAUUUCCAUCGCCUUCAUCGGGCGGAUCGCCCCUGCACCUCGGCCCCGGGGUCGUCCGCCGGAGGCCGGUGUCGGCGCGCUGCGGGGGCCGCGCAUCAGGAGGGGGGUAACUGUCACGAAUACUACCGAAGAUGAAGAGGAUGUAGUUUUUGGAGUGAAGAAGGAAGGGGAGAUUACUGUCACAUUGAAAGAUGAAGAGGAGGAAAUAGGAGAUCUGAUUAACCCCAGAGAGAGACCAGACUCUCACUCUGACAGCGGGAAGAGUCCUUCAGGGGAACCAGACCCAGAGACAUCCAAACCAGUGAGACAACACCACUGUGAAAAUAGUUUUUGCUCGUUAAGGAACCCAAAAGUUCAUGAGAGGACACACACAGGAGAAAAGCCUUUCCAAUGUUCCCAGUGUGGAAAGAGUUUUACUAAGAAAGGGCAAGUAAAAGAGCAUGAGAGAAUACACACAGGAGNACACACAGGAGAAAAGCCUUUCCAAUGUUCCCAGUGUGGAAAGAGUUUUACUAAGAAAGGGCAAGUAAAAGAGCAUGAGAGAAUACACACAGGAGAAAAGCCUUUCCAAUGUUCCCAUUGUGGAAAGAGUUUUACUCGGAUACAAAAUCUAAUAAAGCAUGUGAGACUACACACAGGAGAAAAGCCUUUCCAGUGUUCCCAGUGUGAAAAGAGUUUUGCCGUGUUAACUAACCUGAAAAGGCAUGAGAGAAUACACACAGGAGAAAAGCCUUUCCAAUGUUCCCAGUGUGGAAAGAGUUUUACUCAGAUAGGGUACCUAAAAGUUCAUGAGAGAAUACACACAGGAGAAAAGCUUUACCAGUGUUCCCAGUGUGAAAAGAGUUUUACUCAGAUAGGGUACCUAAAAGCUCAUGAGAGAAUACACACAGGAGAAAAGCCUUUCCAAUGCUCCCAGUGUGGAAAGAGUUUUUCCUGGUUAGGGAGCCUGAAGGAGCAUGAGAGAAUACACAGAGGAGAAAGCAUUUUCUAUGUUCCCAGUGUGGAAAGAGUUUAAUCUGGUUAAGGAGCCUGAAGGAGCAUAAGAAGACACACUAAAAAAGCCCCACAACUGCUCUCUCUGUGUGGAAGGACAUUUUCCCAGUCACAGAACCUGAAAUCACAUGAGAGAAUAAAGGCGCUGUGUUCUGACUUAUUUUUGAUUGAGAAUUUGUGUUUUUGUUUAUGCCACAUGAAAUCAUAUUGUUUAUGAUUAUACCUGUCUAUUUAAGGUCCCACAGUUGACAAUGCAUGUCAGAGCAAAUAC